UGGCAAACAACUCUCAUCAGGCAAGAGUUCAGGAUCAGGUCGUUGGACCACCACUGAUAUUAAAUAUAAGACCUUUGCCUAUGAAAAUUAUGCUACCACCCCUGUCUGUGUUUGGCCACCAUUUAUUUGGAUUGUUAGCAACAAAAGCCAUGUUGAAGCUAGGCUGGAAUGUGGGGAGGGGGACUGUUAUUACACCUUAUGCUGGGAUGCUGAGAGGUUCCCCAUUGCGAUAGUGACCCGAAUGCCACGUUUUGUACCUGUUCCGGUAGAGGCCCCCAAUAGCAUGUCAUUAUCUAGACAGAGAAGAGAUUUCGGGAUCUCAGCCAUUGUUGUGGCUAUAAUUGCCACCACUGCAGUUGCAGCAUCAGUUACAGCCUCUGCCCUUGCUCUGUCCAGUUCAGUGCAAGCUGCACAGAGCAUUAAUGAUCUGUCCGCCACAGUAUUUCUGGCUAUAGAUAAGCAGACCUCCGCUAAUACUCAAAUACAAGGAGGCCUUAUGUUGGUCAAUCAACGCAUUGAUCUAGUACAAGAGCAGUUGGAUAUUUCAUGGCAAAUGGCACAGCUGGGGUGUGUGCAGAAGCUCCCUGGCCUAUGUAUUACUUCUAUCCCAUAUAAAAAUUUUACUAGAGCAGCUAAUCUAUUUAAGAGCCUUUCUCAGUACAUUUUGCAGAAUUGGACUUCUGAAUUUGAGCAGACGCUCCGCGAACUGAGGACGGCCGUACUCCAGAUCAACUCCACACGUCUUGAUCUUUCCUUCACCGAGGGACUGUCAUCUUGGAUCUCUUUAGCUGUUUCCUACUUCAAGGAAUGGGUGGGAGUGGGAAUGUUUGGUAUGGCCAUCUACUGCGGACUGGUAUUUCUCCUAUGGAUGGUCUGCAGACUCAGAACCCAAAAUAAGCAAGACAAGGUGGUUAUUGCGCAUGCACUUGCGGCCCUGGAACAUGGGGCUUCCACUGACGUGUGGUUGACCAUGCUCAAGCAAUAGAUUGCUGACAAGACAGCUCUUGCACGCCCGGAACCUAGGUUCAUUGCACUGGGCAGAGUGUCCAACACAGCACCCAAAGAGGGUUGUUGAAUAAGGUAUCACACAGGGGGUCAUUGUCCCGCUGAGAGACAUGUCGUUCCGCAUAAGGGUUGCCUGCCCGAGUUUCCCUUUCCUAGAAAAAUGGCAGAGGACAGGUUGGGAGUAUCCUGGGCUCCAGAGUAGACCUAGGGAUGACUCCCAUACAUGGUCUGAUCAAGAUUUUAACUGGGAGGUUCGACCACUGUCUCUACCCUCUCAUUUUGGGAAAUCUAUUUGCUUCAUAUAAAGUAAAAAGAGGGAGAUGUGGGGAGCCACC